UGUAACUAUCUGCUUUAUUGUAGUGAUACGUGUUGUUGUGCAGCGUGAUGUAGAUAUAAGUGUAGCAUUUUGGUGAUGAAUGAAAAUGUUGAAUAAACGUUUCCCCUUUACAUGUCUGUCUUCGCUUCUGACUGUGCGCAUGCGCAGAGAAACGGCACAGUGAUCAGGGUGUUGCUUUAAUAUCGCUUGGCGGUAUAUCGGGGUAAAGAUAGUGGGAGGACCCCGGUGUCGGUGCUGGUGUCGGUGCGUUCUGCAGUGUGGAGGCUCGCCAUGCACCGGGGCGCGCUGCUGCUCUCCGCCGCCUCGGCGCUGCUCGUGCUCGGCCCGGGUUUGGGGUAUUUCCCGGAGGAGCGCUGGAGCCCCGAGUCUCCUCUGCUGGCUCCGCGCGUGCUGCUCGCGCUGGUGUGCCGCAACUCCGCGCACUCUCUCCCGCAUGUCCUGGGCGCCAUCGACCGCCUCCACUACCCCAAGGAGCGCAUCGCUGUGUGGGUGGCGACGGACCACAAUGUGGACAACACGACGGCCAUCCUGCGCGAGUGGCUCAUUAAAGUGCAGAGUCUGUAUCACUAUGUGGAGUGGAGACCACAGCAGGAGCCCAGCGGGUAUGAAGAUGAGGACAGCCCGAAGCACUGGUCCGACCUACGCUAUGAGCAUGUGAUGAAGCUACGACAAGCAGCGCUGGACACUGCGAGGCAGAUGUGGGCCGACUACUUUCUGUUGCUGGACUGUGAUAAUCUUCUCUUUAACCCUGAUGUCCUGUGGAAGCUGAUGAAGGAAAAUAAAACCAUUGUGGCACCAAUGAUGGAGUCCAGAGCUGCGUACUCCAACUUCUGGUGCGGAAUGACCUCUCAGGGCUACUACAGGCGCACACCGGACUACAUGCGCAUAAGGCGUCAGGAGAGGCGAGGCUGCUUCCCCGUCCCCAUGGUUCACUCCACCUUCCUGCUGGAUUUGAGGAAACAAGCUUCCAGCGAGCUGGCCUUCUACCCUCCACACCCCGACUACACCUGGGCCUUCGACGACGUCAUCGUGUUCGCCUUCUCCGCCCGCAUGGCAGAUGUUCAAAUGUACUUGUGUAACCGAGAGACUUACGGCCACUUCCCUGUCCCACUGCAUACCCAUAAUUCCUUGCGAGAUGAGGCUGACAACUUCCUGCACACUCUGCUCGAGGUCAUGGUGCAUGGUUCUCCGGUGGAACCCUCAGUCCAUCUCUCUGUCCCUCCUAAACGGCCUGAUAAACUGGGCUUUGAUGAGGUGUUCAUGAUUAACCUGCUGAGGCGUCUGGAUCGUAGAGAGCGAAUGUUGAGGACUCUGUGGGAGCAGGAGAUCACCUGCAAGAUCGUAAACGCAGUGGAUGGCAAGGCGCUGAAUGAGAGUCAGAUCCGUGCGUUAGGGAUCAGCAUGUUGCCGGGUUACAGUGAUCCAUAUCAUGGCAGGCCGCUCACUAAAGGAGAACUUGGCUGCUUCCUGUCCCAUUACAACAUCUGGACUGAGAUCGUAGAGCGAGGACUGCAGAGGUCUCUGGUUAUAGAAGACGAUUUACGCUUUGAGCUCUUCUUUAAAAGGAGACUUCAGAAACUGAUGCAGGAAGUGGAGGCAGAAGGACUCGACUGGGAUUUAAUUUACAUCGGGAGGAAGAGGAUGCAAAUGGACGAUCCCGAGAAACCGGUUCCCAACAUCCGCAACCUGGUCGAAGCUGACUAUUCCUACUGGACACUGGGCUACAUGAUCUCAUUACAAGGAGCCAAUAAGCUGCUGAGGGCGGAGCCUCUGAGCAAAAUGCUUCCUGUAGACGAGUUUCUGCCGGUCAUGUACAACAAGCACCCAGUGGAGGAGUACAUGUCCCACUAUGAGGUGAGGGAUCUACGGGCGUUCUCCGCCGAGCCGCUACUCAUCUACCCCACGCACUACACGGGCGAUCCGGGCUACAUCAGCGACACCGAGACAUCCACCGUGUGGAACAACGAGACCGUACGCACUGACUGGGACCGAGAGCGUUCGGAAAAGAACCGCGCCAUGCACUCACACGCUACCUCUCACCUCUGACCUCUCACGCAAAGGACAACUUUUUUCGCACCACUAGAUGGUGCUAGUGAGCAAAACGCACAAGGAGAGGAGUGUGUAAUGAGGAACGCACUCCACCUCAACAGCAAAAUCAGUGUAGCACAAACAAUGGAACUGAAGCGAUUUUGCUCUGAACAUCACAUACUCUUUACUUCAAACGGAAUCUCAUCGGGUAGCUAGCUGGGUUGCUCACUAGCCAUUUUAUUAACAGUUCUGCUAAAGGUGAGGCGAGACAGUUUUAACAUGUUGAGAUGUUUGAAUUAAAAUGAAAAGUCUCAUUUCUGUGGUUUAGAUGUGGUGAUGUGGAGGAUCCAAACUUUCAGGCCAAAACAGAAGUUGUUGUUGAUUAUUUCAAAGCAAUAGUUGGGCAAAAAAAAAAAUAUAUAUACACAAUGUUUGAUGUCUGAAGUUUUCACAUUUUCACCUUCAAACGUAAUGUUUGGCUCAAGUAAAGAAGCGAGCUUCAGACAGUAAACGUGUUCUGGCUGAUCGACUGUGUUUGGGGCAGAGACACUGUGUACGUUUAAGGUGACUCAGUAAUGUGGUAAAUAUGGAGACUAUAAGUAUUGAAAUGGGCUGUUGGGACAGUUUUGCAGUGUGUAAUGGGAUAAUUUAUUUUAAAUAUAUAAAGAUACAAUAUUAUUUCUGUAGAAGAGAUCAGUCAGAACUGAGAGUAUGACAAUUUCUGCGCUAUGUAUCAUUACAUAAGUAGUCAUGAAAUAUGUUUUGAGAUUUGAUCCAUAAUGUAUGAAGACUGUUUGCUUCUUUGGGUUCUGUUAUUGUUCCAGUGUGCUGCUGGUCGAAAACCAAAGGUCUGCUGGUUUUCAGGACUAUAUUAAUAUUCAUGGUAACGUUAAAGGGGUAGUCAGGUGGAUUGUGUUGAAAUCUAACACUCCGGUUUGUGCAAAAAAAGAAAAAAAAGCUAUUAUUACAAGUUAUCAAUCUUAACUUGUUUCUGAUUGAGGACUGAACUGAAAUACUUGACUUACAGCUUAGACGUGAUUCACUCGUAUACUGAAGCGCUUUUCAGAACCGUGACUGUUAUUUGAGUUCUUCCUGAGAGAACUGAUGUAUUUUACUGGUAAGAAUUUGGUCCUCUGUGUCUUCAUAUGCUAAUGUUGUUUCUUUUUCCUUUAUAAAACUAGACAUAAAAAAAUGCAGUUAUGAGAAGAGAGUAAGAAUGAUGGGCUAUAAACAGAUUAAAUCUGUCAUUUGAGUCUCAAAAAAACCCAACUUUAAAAGCAUUACUAUUUUUUAGAUGGUUUAGAUUCAUUGUGGGAGAGCUAGGCUUUUUUUUACUAACCAAAAGUCAUCUACUGGUGAAUUUGAUAUACAAUAAUGUUAAAGUUUUUUUUGUUUAAUCUCAUAACAAAUAUAUUGAGGCAACAAAGUUUUUUUUUUUUAACUUCUGCAUGACUGAUGAUUGUUAAUGUAAGUAAAAGUAACUUUGUAUUUAUCUUUUUUGCUGUUUUUUAAACCUAUCGUUUAAAGUUUAUUAUCUAAUUCCAUAUUUGUAGUUAAUUAUGUUUGAGACAUCGUCAUUUCAGAGAGGAAAUGCCGUAAUGUGGUUUUUAUUUGCAUAACCUGGAAGUGUCAAAUUUCUUUUUCUAAACUUAGCUGAUGUAUUUGUUAUUUUUUAACCCAUUAUUGUUCAGAUUUAUUGUUUUCAUCUGUUACUUUCAGGUUUAUUUUAUCAUCAUUUCAAAGAAGUGCCUUAAAACAUGGAUGUUUGCGAGUCGUAUGAAACUGUCUGACUAACACUUUGUUACACGGUGACGAUCUAAGAAACAAUUGCGGCUGAAGGUGACGUUUUCAGCUGAUCUGAAGUCAGUUUUAUAGGUUUUUAUGGUUAAAUUAAACACGAUGCAGGCUGCUUGUCAUUUGUAACACAUCAUAAUAUAAUCACUUACCUCUUCUCAUGGUUUAUUGUGAUAUAAAACUGAUUAUAUUAUAUUUCUCAGGACCAGGGUAUAUGAGGAGUAACUGAUGAUCAGUAAAUGAAAGACAGAUCAGUUGAGAUCAGCAGCUUCAGCUGUAUGUGUAUGUGUAAAAUUCUUUCUGCUUGCAGAUUAACUUAUUGCUCAUUUCCACUAACGGUGUGAUCACACAGAGUGUUACAGUGUUUAAUUACAGCCAAAAAUGUGAAAGAACACAGAGGAGAAACAUUUUAUUCUUUCUUUCUCAACCUCAUGCUUUGAUUGUAUUGGAGAGCCGAGGAAUUAAUGGUGGGAAGCUUUAUUUAAAAAAAAAAAUGUAAAAAGACUCUGAGACUGAAAAAAGCUCGUUACAGAUGUGUCUAUAAAACACGUACUCUGUCCUUCACUUUAUCGAGCCGUAUUUAUCAUGGUGUGUCUUUUGAUUGAGCAAUACAGAGAAAAAUUGUU